AAAAUGAAUCAUACACAUCAUAUCACGAUCGUGGGGGAUUAAGGCUUUAAAUCCGAUUAGAGAAAAUCAUAUAAAUGGAAAAAUGACAUGACCUGCUAAUGUCAGUUGGCGGUAAACGGAUUCAAAGAAUUUUUUGAACAUGCGUUUACACAACUGGACCGGCGUCGGUGCUCCAUUUGCCUUGCAGAGCAGAGCAAUGAGCAUGGAGGAUGAUGAUGGCUUACAUCGGCUUGGUUGGAAUCUUCCACCGGAAGAUUUGAUCCACAUUCCAGAGCAUUGGUUCUCCUAUACGGAACCUCCAGCAUCGAUGCAUUUAUUACUUGGAAUGAUUUAUAUUGUAUUUUUCAUUAUGGCGAUAACUGGUAAUGGAUUAGUGUUAUGGAUAUUCUCUUCAGCGAAAGUCUUGCGGACUGCUUCAAACAUGUUCGUGGUUAACCUAGCGUUUUGUGAUUUCAUCAUGUUCGUGUCGAUCCCCAUCUUCAUCUACAACUGUUUCUAUAGAGGUUUUGCUCUAGGACAUUUAGCCUGUCAAAUUUAUGCCGCCUUGGGAUCCUUGUCUGGAAUUGGUGCUGGGAUGUCGAACGCAUGUAUAGCGUAUGAUAGGUAUACCACAAUUACUAAACCAUUCGAUGGAAAAUUGACUAGAACCAAGGCAUUUCUCAUGAUACUAGGAGUGUGGAUAUAUACGAUACCCUGGGCUGUGAUGCCUUUAAUUGAAGUAUGGGGAAGAUUUGUACCUGAGGGCUAUCUAACCGCUUGCAGCUUCGAUUAUUUGACAACUACAUUUGACAACCGAAUGUUCGUGGCAGUUAUAUUUACCUGUUCCUAUGUUAUACCCAUGAGUAUGAUUAUAUUCUUCUAUAGUAGAAUCGUCAGUACAAUAUUCAGUCAUGAAAAGGCUCUCCGAGAUCAAGCCAAAAAAAUGAACGUUGAUUCUUUAAGAAGUAAUCAGAAUCAAGGCAAUCAAUCAGCUGAAGUAAGAAUUGCAAAAGCAGCUAUAACAAUUUGUUUCCUAUUUGUUGCUUCAUGGACACCUUAUGCUGUAUUGGCGUUGGUAGGAGCGUUUGGGGAUCAAGUUAUCUUGACCCCUGGAGUAACUAUGAUUCCUGCAUGCACCUGCAAGUUUGUUGCAUGUUUGGAUCCUUACGUCUAUGCAAUAAGCCAUCCCAAGUAUAGGCAAGAACUUCAGAAGAGGCUUCCUUGGUUAGCAAUCAAUGAACCACCAGAUGACACUAAAUCCCUAGCAACGGCAACAUCGAAUAAUGAAGAACAGAAAAUAUAGAAAAGAAAGAGGUUUUUGAUAUAUUAUCUACCUAUAAAGUUCGUCACAAAUGAAAGUCAUUGAGAGAGUCUUCAUGAUUUACUGAUGUUAACUCAUCCUAUUUCAUUAAAAAGAUUUCCUAACAUUAAUACUUUUUGACCCUUAUGAGAAAACUGAGGAAUUGAUUUUUAUUUGACAUACAAAGAAUUUUUUAUGAAUAAUAAUGGUUUCGGUCAACGACUUGCAUGAAACAGGACACGAUUCUACGAAUAAAAAUAUUUCUUAAUGUUAAUGAAUAAAUAACUCCAAGCAUUCA